GGCCGGCACCGCCCCCGCGCUGUCCCGGUGUCCUCCGGGCGCCGCCGGAUUAGCGCUGCGGUUAAGCUCAUUUCCGCCGGCCCCGCCGGGCCCCGCGCCGCUCCGGGCCGCGUCCCGCCGCCGCUGUAGGGAAUGGAGGACGGGCGCUGCGCGAGGCCGUGCCUGCAGCUGCUGGGGGCCGACGGGCCCGGCCUGGACGCGCUGCUGCUGCUGCUGAUGGCCCGCGUGCCGCCGCCGCCGCGAGGCCGCCCGCCCGCCCUGCCCGGGAGCGGCGCGGAGCCCGCAGAGCCCGCAGAGCCAGGCGGCGCGUCGCUGGGCGGCCUGGCCCGCUCCCUGCAGAGGGCGGAGGCGAUGCUGCGGAGCUGCGUCAGCCCCGCCGUUCUCCGCCCGCGGCCGCCCCGCCCCGGCGGCUCCUCCGCCUCGGACAGCGAAGAGGAGGGCGACGAGGCGGGGCCCCGCGCGGCUCUGGUGGAGCAGAGCUUCCAGGGGCUGCGCCGCGCCUUCCGCGCCUGGGAGAAUCCGCGCACCGAGACCUUCCACGGCCACGUGCUGCCGCCGCCCGCCGACGCCUUCUGCUACCACGCCGUGCACCCCCGCGUGGCCGAGCGCUGCGCCGCCCUGCACGCCCUGCUGCAGCACCGCCACCAGCUGCGCCUGGCCCGGCAUUACAGCCGCCGCCUGAAGGCCGCCUCCGACUUCGUCCGCCGGCUGCUGAGCGCCGAGCCGCGGCCGCUGCGGGCGCUGUGCGAGGAGCUGCGGACGCACGCCGGGCAUUGGGCCGCGCUGCAGCGGCGGAUGCGGGGCGACGCGUGGCUGCGGCCGCUGCUGCUGCGGCGGCGCGAGGCGGUGGCUCACAUGCGGCGGGCGCUGGGGCUGCUGGCGCUGCAGGCGGCGCGGCUGCUGGAGGAGCGCUUGGAGGCCGCGCUGCGCGGCGCGGCGCGGGACGGGACCCCGCCGGAGCUGCUCGCCGACCUCUUCCAGGGCCUGGAGAUCUACAACCGCGUGCUGGGGGAGCUGGGCCCGGAGCCGGGCUCCGCUCGCUCGGCCGCCGGCGCCGGCUGCGCUGCGGGGAUGCCGCCCCGCGCCUUCCCCCUGCAGCGGGUGCUGGCCCUGCUGGCGGCCGAGCGGGGCCGGCGGGCGGCCGAGGGCCUCGCACGGCUCCUGCGGCGCGGAGGCGGCGGCUCCGCCGUGGAGGAGGAGGAUGCGGGGCGGGAGGCGGCGCGGAGCCUCCCCGAGGCGCUGCGGGCGCUGUGCCGUGAGGACGAGCGGCUCGUGGUCCCGGUGCUGCAGGCGUUGGUGGCCUCCGCCGACGGCCUCUGGCGCUCCGCCCUCGGCGUUCCCACGGGGAGCCCCGCGGCUCCGUCCCCGCGGCCGGGCUCGGCCUGCAAGGCGGUGCGCUGGCUGGACGCGACGCACGCGGCGGCGGCCGAGGCUCUGCACGCCCGGUACCGCCCGCUGUGCUGGGAGGCGGCCGGCGCCGCGCUGGGCCCCCGCCUGGAGCUGCCGGCCGGCGGGACGGGGAGCGCCGUCGGCGCCGCACGGGAGCUGCAGCGGGCGCUCGGUCCCGCCCGCAUCCCCGCGGAGUGCGAGGAGGAGUUGGGGCGGCUGUGCCGACGGCUGCAGUGCCGGGGUGCUCUGCUCGCCUGGCAGCGAGACUUCGCCCUGGCGCUGGGCGCGGGGCUGAGCGACCGCUGCACGGUGCCGGAGCGGUCGGAGGGCGCGGCGCACAGCGGAACGGCGCGGCUCCUACAGCGGCUCUACCCGGCGCUGAGCUCCGCCCUGCGGAACCUGCCGGACGGCCCGGAGGGCGGCCCCCCCGGCUCGCCCUGCCUGCGCCUGCAGCUGCUGGGCUGCUGUCUGGCCACGGCUCAGGCCUCGUGCUCCUGGCUGAUGGGCAAAGCCUUCCAGUUCCUGGCGGCGUGGGCCCUGCAGCAGUUCCUGCUCGUCACCCAGGGAGACUUGCAGCUGCUGAAGGCCGAGACGGACGCGCUGGAGCUGCUGGUGAGCGCAGCCUUCCCGGAGCCCGAGGGCAGCCCGCAGCACCUCGCGCCCCACCGACGGCUGCGCUCCCACCACGAGAGGUGGCUGUGCCUGCAGAUCCGCUCCGCGGCCGCCAGCAUUCAGCUGUUCGCGGGGGAUGUGCUGAAGCUCUUCUCCACGGACUGCAAGCGGAUGUCGGCGGAGAUCUUCGACCAGACCAUGCCGCUGGGCAGGCACUGGAGGCUCGGCCUCCGAGCCGAGCUGCCCAACUCCCCCAGCGAAUACGCGGCGGCGGCGGCGCAGACGGUGCUGGGCCAGGUGCUGCAGGGCGCGCAGCUGCUGCCCCGCGACUCCCAGGUGCCCACGUUGGCGCGGGUGAUGACGGCCUUCGUGGAGGCGUGGAUGGACCACAUCCUGGCCCAGAAGAUCAAGUUCAGGCUCCAACCACGGUGCCCGCACACAGGAGCUGGGCGCCAGCAGCCUGCACAGCCUGGAGACCCUGGAGGCAGCGGGGCCUUCAGCGGGGCCCCCCCCGCCCCUUCCCGGCGCAGAGCCCCCCGGCCGGCCCCGCGGCGCCCCCCCCGAGUCCUACCUGUCGGGCGGGCAGCAGCAGUGGUUGGCGCUGCGGCUGCACGGAGCGCGGCGCUGGCGCGUACCCGGACUGCCCUGCAUGGCCAAAAGCCCCGAGGGCUGAGCGCGGCCGCAAUAAAGCGACGCGGCGCUGAGCUCCGACCUCUGUCCCGGUCCGUGGAGUCCCGCGCGGGGGGCCGGGAUCGGGACCGGACACGCGGCGUGGCCGCGAGCAUCCCGGCGCGUGGCUCCGCGCCCCGUGCCGUCACCGUCUGCCGUCAGCGCUGCUGCUGUCCUGCGCGGGCGCCCCCGCGGGGACACCGGACGGGGCUCCGUCCCCGCCGCCUCUGAGCUCCGUCCGGACCGCGGUGUGUCCGGUUCCCCGGGGACGUGCCGUGGGUUCCCGGCUACGAGCGUCCGCCGCGGGGUCUGAGAUUCCCCCCACGCGGGGUCCGCGCGUGCACGGGGUACCUCGGGACCCCCGCCCGCCCCGC